GGUGCAGGAACAGAUGAAGGUUGCCUGAUUGAAAUUCUGGCUUCUCGCACAAACGAAGAGAUUCGGCGCAUUAACGAGAACUACAAACUUCAAUACGGCUGUACCCUUGAGGAGGACAUUGUCUCUGACACGUCUUCCAUGUUUCGAAGAGUCCUCGUGUCCCUCACAACGGGAAACAGAGAUGAGGGAACGUAUGUGGAUGAUGCCCUUGCUCAGCAGGAUGCUCAGUGCCUGUAUGAAGCUGGGGAGAAGAAAUGGGGAACAGAUGAGGUACAAUUUAUGACCAUCCUCUGUACACGGAACAGAUGCCACCUACUAAGAGUUUUUGAUGCGUACAGAGGGAUUGCUAAUAAGGACAUCACAGACAGCAUUAAAUCCGAGAUGUCAGGAGACCUUGAAGAUGCUUUGUUAGCUGUGGUAAAGUGCAUGCGAAAUAAACCUGCCUAUUUUGCUGAAAGAUUGUAUAAAUCCAUGAAGGGCUUGGGAACAGAUGACAACACGCUGAUCCGCGUGAUGGUGUCCCGCUCCGAAAUAGAUAUGCUGGAUAUCAGAAGGGAAUUCCUGACCAUGUACGGGAAAUCCCUCCACUCCUUCAUUAAGGGAGACUGCUCAGGAGACUAUAGGAAAGUUCUGCUCAGACUCUGCGGCGGGGAGGAUUAAAGGAUGCCUGGUCUACUGCCCAGGUGACGGGAAGCGGUUG